GGUGGUUUCCCAAAUUUUUGCACUAAAACCGGCGAGUAAUUUAUUCGUCGACUGCUGUUUUAUAGAUUUUAUAUCGAAAUCGUCUGGCACCUCUGAUUUUGUGCAAGUUUUCGUUGUUCAACGAGCAUAAGCGUAAUUGGUGUCUUGCUGUGUACGGAUAAUAGCCUCUGGACAUGGCAGCGCAGGGAAUAGAACUAACUGAUCACACUUGCCGGCUGUGUCUGGCCAACGAUCAGGAAAUCAGCCCGAUGAUGGACGCAUUGAGUCAGGAGGAGUUGAAAAAUGUCAUCGAGGGUUUGUUGAAAAUUCAGCUCACGGCUUGUGGACCAUUUCAAAAUGCCUGUUCAAACUGUGUGGUUAAGGUGCGGUUAAUUGAGAAUAUUCGCAGUGAGUUCGACGGAAGCAACAAGAUUUUUGAUGUUAUGUGGACGCAAUAUAAACGAAUUCAUUAUCCGGAGCCAAUGCCUAUACUCAAAAAAGGAAGGCCAAGACUGGAGAAAAACAUCCCACCCUCUCAGCCACAACCACAACCGCAAAAAAUAACGGCGGCUUACAUCAUUGACGGAAUGGUGAUUGAGAACACGGAGAUAGAGUAUGUUCAGGACGAAGGGGCCGACUUUUUCAUCAAAAGCGAAGCGGGAACUGUGGCGGACGAUAUCAUAAAGCAAGAAGGCGAGGAUGGAGAAUCCAUUGACGAAAGCAUCCCUGUCGACGAAGAUCAUCAGGAUACCAUUGAUGAAACAGUAGAGGAAGAGUACGUAUAUGAGGAAGUCCCCAUGAUUGAGGAUAACCGUAUGCAGGAAGAAUAUUUGACGGAUGAGACACCAAAGGAUGUUGUUAGAAAAGAUGACUUCGAGGAUGAGAAAGAAGCUCUUAAGAAUGCUUUCAUACAAGAAGAUGCAGGAUAUUAUGACAAAACCAUUCCCUGUUGUUAUAUUUGCUUAGAUAGGUUUGAUUGUCCUACAGAGGUGGUAACACAUUUGAAUGAAGCCCAUGCAGAAAUGCUGCCUUUCCAUUGCGAUAAAUGUUUGGGAUAUUUUGACACGCUAGAAGAGGUCAACAAGCAUUACAUAUCGCACGUUUAUGAAUUCGUUUGUCUCUACUGUCCACGACGGUAUUGUUCCGAGCAGUAUCUGGCCAAUCAUAAUCUUGUUUGUAAAGAUUUCAAAUGCAACCUAUGCGAUGAUACUUUCGAACUCCAAAGUCAUCUCAAAUUGCAUUUGAGGCAAGCUCAUGGCUCAGCAUUGAAACAUAAUGGACGCAAGAAAAAUAUUUGUAACACAUGCGGAAAGGCAUUCUUGCAUGCUUGUAAUCUGUCGCGUCAUUUGAAGAAUAAACGCUGCGGUAGAAACAGUACACAACAGGUCCAGGUCAAGAAACGAAAAAUCAAGCCCGACCCGGAUGCACCAAUCGAUGAAGAUGUUGACGAUGAAAGGGAGUUUAAAAUUCGUCCUCCUUUGACUUGUCAAGUGUGCAGUAAGAAGUUGGACAGCAACAGCAGCUUAGCACGACACAUUGAAAAGGAGCACCAGGAUUUCAACAUACCACUGUUUUCGUGUAAUAUUUGUCCGAAGAAAUUUACAACAUUUGAAAAGUGUACUCGCCAUCGUGCAUUUCAUAAGAAAUCUAACAAAACCCCAUUGCCACUUAAGAAAGAUCCUUCAGAAAAUGUUUGCAAAAUUUGCAACAAACAGUUCCGUUUAGAUCAUAUGUUAUUGAAGCAUCUUGCGGAAAUCCAUCAAUUGACGCUGGAACUUUUCCAUUGUGAUCAGUGUGGCAAAAAGUUCUCCACUGAGCCGAAAUUGCGCAAGCAUCAGUACAACACCCAUAGGGAGAAUAAGAAUCUCUAUGUGUGUUCUCAUUGUGGACAAAAAUUCGAGAAAAAAUUAACUCUAAAGGAUCACGAAACGAAACAUUUGAACGCCCCAGCCUAUCAGUGCGACAUUUGUCUGAAAACGUUCAUCCACAAGCAUAGCCUCGAUCGACACGCUUUGGUGCAUUCGGACGAGAAGAACUUUGAGUGCGAAUUCUGUCACAAGCAGUUCAAGAGAAACACCACCCUCGUCAUACAUAGACGAAUCCAUACCGGUGAAAAGCCGUACGAAUGUGUGCCCUGUGGCCAGAGAUUUAUCGAUUCCAGCACUUUGAUUAAGCACAGGCAGCGAAUGCACCCGAAGUCAGAAUAAUGAAAUGCGUAAUGGAGUAAUUAAACGUAGUAGUGCGCUUAAACAGUAAGUAACAUACCGAAAUAAACAUUUUGU